UUUACAAAAAAUAUUAAAUUUUUAACGAAAGUAAUAGAAAGGCAACGUCAGUGUCAGUGAUACGUAGGAGGCCACAACGCUUGUAGUAUCGUAGUGUUAGUCAGGCUUUGGCGUACUUCGUAAGCAACAAAUGCCAUGUCGGACUUGUGUGAACGCUACGUGGAGAGCUCUGACUUCAAUCCGCUCUCUUUUUAAGUGCUUUUCACGCGCCACCGUUCUCCCUCUCUUUCUUUUCUUCUUCAUCUCUCAAUUUCAAAACCCUUUCUUUUCUUUUUCUUCUUCUUCAUCUCUCAAUUUCAAAACCCUUCACCAUCUUUUCCCUGUUAGGGUUUUCGAUUCAAUUCAGUUCUCUGCAUUCGCCUUUUGGCUGUUCAGAAUUCCAUGUGUGAGGUUAUUGCUACAAGAUGACCAACACCAGAAAUUCAAAUUAUAUUCGGAACGCACAAUUAGUAGGGUUUGAAGAGAUUCUACGAGAAGCAGAGCAUCGUUGGCUUCGACCUGCUGAAAUAUGUGAGAUACUUCGUAAUUAUAGGAAGUUUGAGUUAACACCAAAUCCACCUGUUAGGCCUCCAGGUGGAUCACUAUUCUUGUUUAAUCGAAAAGCACUUCGUUACUUUCGCAAGGAUGGUCACCGGUGGAGGAAGAAAAAAGAUGGGAAGACUGUAAGAGAAGCUCAUGAAAAGUUGAAGGCUGGUAGUUUGGAUGUCUUGCAUUGUUACUAUGCUCAUGGUGAGGAUAAUGAAAACUUCCAACGGAGAAGUUAUUGGAUGCUUGAUGAGCAGUUAGAGCACAUUGUCCUUGUGCAUUAUCGAGAAAUUAAAGAGGGCUGCAGGUCUUGCAUCUCACAUUCACCUGUAGUUCCUGUAACCCUGGUUGGUAGUUCUCAAAAUAGUUCAGUGCCUUCCUCUACCAAAAUAAACUCACAAAUAUCUGUUGUUCAAACAUCUUUUACAUCAAGUGCAAAUAAAGUUGGUCAGAAUGGACAAGCUUCAGAGUAUGAGGAUGUCAACUCAGAGACUCAAGCCUCAUCUCAUGAUCAGCCUAUCAGCAAAUCCAUGCUUCACAAUGCACCUCAGCUUGCACAUGAAGCCACUGGGUUCUCUGAGUUGUUGAGGAGCCCCUUGAUUUCAUCUUUGUCAUCUUCUUUUCCUAGCCAGUCUCCUGGUACUGGCUUGUCUACCUGGACCUUAAUUCCGAACUACAGCAGAAAUACAAUUAACAUGCAUGAUGGAGAACGGCAUGUUGAAGGAUCCGUUGAAGGCUCUGAAACUGACUUCAAUGUUCAAAAGCUAAGCAAUGCUAGGUUAGAUGUUGAUUGCAGAAUACAAGAUGGUGUAAUUUUCAGAGAUAGGCUCAUUACUAACACAUACAUCCAGCCAGUUAAAGGAGCUUCACAAACUGUUAAUCAGGUGCAAAAGGAGGAUGGUCUAGAUUCAUUUCGUACUCAAUGCCCUGAUCAUGCUGAUCAUCCAGAUGCAACUACUACAAUCCUAGUUGAACAAAAACUUCAAGAUGAUGAUACAGACAAUGAUGAAUCAGAACGUGUUGAAUCUGGGAAAUUGAAAAAGCUUGAUAGUUUUGGAAGGUGGAUGGAUAAGGAGAUUGGUGGAGACUGUGACAAUUCCUUGAUGGCUUCAGAUUCUGGUAAUUAUUGGAGUACACUUGAUGCUCAGAAUGAAGAUAAGGAGGUGUCUAGUUUACACCACAUGCAGUUGGACCAAGGCAAUUCGUUAGGACCUUCUCUUUCCCAAGAACAACUAUUUAGUAUCCAUGACUUUUCUCCAGAUUGGGCCUAUACUGGGGUUAAAACAAAGGUUUUAAUAGCUGGUACAUUUCUGGGAAGUAAAAAGCUCUCUAGUGAGACCAAAUGGGGAUGUAUGUUUGGUGAAAUUGAGGUUUCCGCUGAAGUUUUGGCAGAGAAUGUCAUACGGUGUCAGACUCCUCUUCAUUCACCUGGCCGGGUUCCAUUCUAUGUUACCUGCAGUAAUAGGUUAGCCUGCAGCGAGGUCAGGGAAUUUGAAUAUCUUGAAACUCCAACCAAAUUUUUACGUCCUGUGGGUAUUAAAAUCUCAGCAGAAGAUGAGAUACGGCUUCAAAUGCGGCUUCUUAAGCUAGUAGACUUGGGAGCUGACAAUAAGCAGUGGAAGUGCUCUGUUUCUGAAUGUGAAAAAUGUAAACUCAAGGGAACAAUGUAUUCCAUGAGAGAUGGUAGUGGAGUAUUUGAAGAAACUUUCCAUAUUGAUGGAGUUGAUCAUAUAAAACCUAGAGAUGUAUUAUUCCAGAGAUUAAUGAGAGACAAGCUUUAUGAGUGGUUAGUAUUUAAGGUUCAUGAAGGAGCAAAAGGACCACGUGUUUUGGAUGAUGAAGGCCAAGGAGUAAUACAUUUAGCAGCUGCACUUGGUUAUGUGUGGGCUAUGGGCCCUUUAGUUGCUGCUGGUAUUAGUCCUAACUUUAGAGAUGCUCGAGGAAGAACAGGACUUCACUGGGCAUCAUAUUUUGGGAGAGAAGAAACUGUGAUUGCGCUGGUCAAAUUAGGUGCGGCUCCAGGUGCCGUUGAGGAUCCAACAACAGCAUUUCCUCGAGGUCAAAAAGCAGCUGAUUUAGCUUCAAAUAGAGGACAUAAAGGCAUUGCUGGGUAUUUGGCCGAGACAGAUUUGACAAAUCAAUUAUCUAUAUUGACUAUCAAGGAAAAUGACACUAGUAAUAUUGCCACAACAAUAGCAGCUGACAGUGCUUUUGAGUCUGUUGACAGUGACUCAUCUAAUAUGACAAUGGAUGAGCAACACUAUCUGAAAGAAUCACUUGCUGUGUUUCGAAAAUCAGCUCAGGCAGCUGCUUCAAUCCUAGCUGCCUUUAGAGCAAGGUCGUUCUGUCAGAGACAAUUAGCCAAGCGCAGCAGUGAUAUUUCUGAAGCAGUGCUUGACCUAGUUGCUGAUUCUUUAAACAAGGUACAGAAGAUGGGUCACUUUGAGGAUUAUUUACAUACUGCAGCUUUAAGGAUCCAAAAGAGAUAUCAUGGGUGGAAAGGAAGGAAAGAUUUUCUGAAAAUACGUGACCGCAUUGUAAAAAUUCAGGCUCAUAUUAGAGGACACCAAGUUCGUAAGCAGUACAAAAAAGUUGUUUGGUCUGUUGGCAUUGUGGAAAAGGCAAUACUGCGCUGGAGACGGAAAGGAGCUGGUCUGCGAGGAUUCCGGAUUGGGCAGACAGUUGGUAAUGUGGCUAAAGAUGCUGACAAAAAUGACGAGUAUGAAUUUUUGAGCAUUGGAAGGAGACAGAAAUCAGAAGAUGUAAAGAAAGCUCUGGAUAGAGUUAAGUCCAUGGUUCGUAACCCAGUGGCACGGGAUCAGUAUAUGAGGCUCAUCAUAAAAUAUCAGAAAUUGAAGAUUGAUGAUGGCGGAAGUAGUCAAUCACAACAUGUUGGCUAGAGUCUGACGAAAGAAAAGCGGAAUACUGGUGACACUAUGACACUUUUAGAUAAUACUAAAAUCUUACCUGUACACCAUUUUAUGUAAAUAACAUCUGAAUUUCUAGUUUAUAUGGAAGUUCUGUUAAUUUGAAAGGUAGAAGAAGAAAAUUCAGAAAAAGUAAGGAAGGGGAAAUGUAUAUGCCGGUUUUAGCGCCCCCCCCCCCCCCCUUAUCAAUGAAUAGAAGUUAGUUUUAGUUUAGAUAAUGUUUAAGCUUAUUGAAAUAUGUGAAUGUUUGCAAUAAUACUAUUUUUAU